CAUAAUUAAAAUGAUUUUUAUAAAACCAUUUAAUGAAAAUUGCCACUAAUUAGUCAAAAAAUUGUUUAUCAAAGAACAAAAAAUUCAUAAUUUAGUAAUUAUUUAAUUUAAAAAAAUAGAAAUUGAUAAUUAAAAAUUUAUUUCCAGUCAAGCUUUUUUUUGUUAUACGUAAGAAAUAAUCUAUUAUUAGUCUAGUUAAUCAUGAUUUUAAAUUACGUGAUUUACUGAGAUUUUACAGUACAUAUAUAAAGCAAGGAUAUAAAAAGCAGCUUCAUUAGUUACUAAUCAGUGUUUUUGAGUCGUCGGAAUGUUAUCAUAAGCUAAUGUUACCAGAGACAGUGAAUAUUAAUCGAUUAAUAAUUAAAUGAUGCAAUCUGAUGAUUUUAAACCUAAAACUCAAAUACAAAAUUUUUAUGCGGGUCAAAGUGUCUUAAUCACAGGAGGUACAGGAUUUUUGGGUAAGCUUCUUAUUGAAAAACUAUUAAGAUGUUGUCAAGAACUGACUUCUAUUUAUAUAAUUAUAAGACAAAAAAGAGAUCAAGAUAUUUAUAAGAGAAUACAGCAUCUUUUCGAAUCACCGAUUUACGAUCAAUUAAAAUGCGAAUAUCCAGAAUUUUUCGAGAAGAUUAUCCCGAUCGAAGGAGAUAGUAAUUUACCAAAUUUUGGAAUAUCUCCCGAGAAUAGAAAUAUUUUAUUAAAAAAUGUUUCAAUAGUCUUUCAUGGAGCAGCUAAUGUGAAAUUUAAUGAAAAACUCGGAAAAAUGAUCCUUGACAAUAUUUUUGGAACUAAAGAAUUGAUAAAUAUUUGUCAAUCUAUGAAGAACUUAAAGGUUUUUAUACAUGUAUCUACAUUUUAUUCUCAAUCCACAAGAAAGGAGAUUGAUGAGAAAUUUUACGAUACUUCAAUAACAGGCGAUAGAAUUUUAAAAAUGGCGGAAACUCUUACUACAGAAGAAUUAGAUAAACUUGAGAAUAUUUUAAGGAAAGAUCAUCCGAAUAAUUAUACUUUUACAAAGGCAAUUGCUGAACAAUUAAUUCAUCAACAUGGAAAAGAACUUCCUUUUGGAGUAUUUAGACCAGCAAUAGUGACGUCAACCUACAAUAGUCCUCUCGAAGGAUGGACUGACAAUUUUUCUGGACCUAAUGGAACCUAUGCAGCCGGAUUAACUGGAGUAUUAAGAACAAUACGUUGUGACUCAUCAAAAAAAGUCGAAAGUGUGCCUGCAGAUUUGACAAUAAAUGCUCUUAUAGCAUGUGCUUGGGAUGUUGCUCUAAACAAGACAAAAGAAGAUGAACCUUUCGUUUAUAAUUACAUUUCCAGUUGGAAAAAUUCAAAGACUUAUGGAGAUUAUUUUCACUUGGCUGACAAAUAUAAAGUUCCUACCUUAAAAAAUGUCUGGCCCUAUAGUAUAACGCCUAUAAAAAAUUAUUAUGCUUAUAAUAUUUUAAGCAUAAUUUUAGAAACUGUACCAGCAAUUUUUAUCGAUACAUGUCUAAUUAUUAUCGGAAAAAAGACUUGGGCAUUAAAAAUGAACAAGAAAUUGAAUACUAUGAAAGAAUUAUUGCUUUUUGGCACAUUGAACGAGUGGAAAGGCAAAAACGAAAGAACCAAAAAUCUUUGGAAAAGAAUAUCUCCUGAUGAUCAGAAACUAUUUCCAUUUUCAAUGGUUGAUGUUGACUGGCAUGACUAUGUUAAAAAAUACAUGAUUGGUAUAAGAAUUUAUUUGCUGAAUGACCCUUUGACUACAGUUUCUGCUGCCGAAAAACGCAAAUCAAAAUAUUACUGGAUCAUGCAGUCUGAAGAUUACAAGACUAAAACGCCAAUACAAAAUUUUUAUGCCGGUCAAAGUGUAUUAAUCACAGGAGGAACAGGACUUUUGGGAAAGUUACUUAUAGAAAAAUUGUUAAGAUGUUGUCCAGAACUAACUUCUAUUUAUGUAAUCAUAAGACAAAAAGGAGGUCAAGAUAUUCAUACGAGAAUACAGCGUCUUUUAGAGGAACCGAUUUUUGAACAAUUAAAAUGCGAAUGUCCGCAAGUAUUAGAAAAGAUUAUACCAAUCGAAGGAGAUAGUAAUUUAUCAAAUUUUGGAAUAUCUCCCGAGAAUAGAGAGAUAUUAUUAAAGAAAAUUUCAAUUGUUUUUCAUGGAGCAGCGAAUGUGAAAUUUGAUGAAAAACUCGAAAAAAUGAUACUCGACAAUGUUUUUGGAACUAAAGAAUUAAUUGAUAUUUGUCAAUCUAUGGAGAAAUUAAAGGUUUUUAUGCACAUAUCAACAUUUUAUGCUCACGCGACAAGGAAUGAAAUUGAUGAAAAAUUUUACGAUUCUCCAAUAACAGGUGACAGAAUUUUACAAAUAUUCAAAACACUAAAUAGAGAAGAAUUAGAAAAUCUUGAGAAUAUUUUAAGGAAAGAUCAUCCGAAUAAUUAUACUUUUACAAAAUCAAUUGCUGAACAAUUAAUUCAUCAAUAUGCAAAUAAACUUCCAGUUGGAGUAUUUAGACCAGCCAUAGUAUCGUCAACAUAUAACACUCCUCUCAAAGGAUGGACUGACAAUUUAUUUGGAACUAAUGGCUUCAUUUUACCCGGAUUAAUUGGAGUGUUAAAAAUAAUCUUAUGUGACAAAUCAAAGAAAUUGGAAAUAAUUCCUGCAGACUUAACAGUAAAUGCUCUUAUUGUAUGUGCUUGGGACGUUGCUCUAAAUAAGACUAAAGCAGAUUACCCUUUCGUUUAUAAUUACAUUUCCUCUUGGACAAAUUCAAUUACUUAUGGAGAAUAUUAUAACUUGAGUUACAAAUACCAAAUUGCACCCUUAAAUACUGUCGGGUAUUAUAGUAUAAUGUUACUGAAAAAUUACUACGUUUAUUAUAUAUUUAAAACAAUUUUACAAACUCUACCAGCAAUUCUUGUCGAUGCCUAUCUAAUUGUCAUAGGAAAAAAGACUUGGGCAAUGAGAUUUAACCAUAAACUAAACAAAAUGAUUAAAUUGCUUUGUUUUUGGACAUUAAACGAAUGGACAGGAAAACAUGAAAGAACAAAAAAUCUUUGGAAACGAAUAUCGCCUGACGAUCAAAAACUAUUUCCCUUUUCAAUGAAUGACUUUAAUUGGCCUGACUAUAUUAAAAAAUAUAUGAUUGGUUUAAGAAUUUAUUUAUUGAAUGACCCUCUGACCACAAUUCCUGCAGCUAAUAUACGCAGAUCGAAGUUUUUGAUUCUUCACGCAGGACUGAAAUAUACUCUAAUAAUCCUUCAAAUUUGGGGUUUCUACAAAUUUUUCAAGAAAUAUCUAAAUUCUCAAAAAUUCUCAAUUCUCAAUAAAAAAAAUUUUAAUAUUUUUUAUAAAUAAAAAAUUUCUUUAAAUCAAAGAAUUUUUUUUCUAUACGAAUGUCACUCAUGGAAUACAGUUUUAAUUUAACAAUCUAUUUGAAAA